AUGGCCAAAUUCAUUGCUAUCAUUGUCCUCCCCUUCGCCCUGGCGACCCCACCGGGUAUUCCCUCGGUCUCAACAGCGACGUCGCAACUUGCCGAAUUGGCCGUGAGUGCCGGAUCCCAAGAUGGUUAUGACCGGGAUCUGUUCCCUCACUGGAUUACCAGAGAUGGAUGCACCACCCGCGAAACUAUUCUGAAACGCGACGGCACCGAUGUUGUGCAAGACGACUCUUGCAGUGCUACCAGCGGAACGUGGUAUUCUCCGUACGAUAGCGAGACCUGGACUCAGGCCAGCGAUCUGGACAUCGACCAUGUAGUUCCAUUGGCUAAUGCAUGGAAGUCUGGCGCAUCUGAAUGGACCACUGAUCAACGCGAAAAUUUCGCCAAUGACCUGGAUCAUCCUCAGUUGCUGGCUGUCACAGACAAUGUUAAUCAGGCGAAGGGCGACUCUGGUCCCGAGGAAUGGAAGCCGCCAUUGGAGUCAUAUCAUUGUACAUACGCAAAGAUGUGGGUUACGGUCAAAUCUGUAUACAAUCUGACGGUGACUGGAGAAGAGAAGACGGCCUUACAGGGCAUGUUGGAGGGAUGUUAA